AUGAGGGGAGCUGUUGGAAACAGGGGUCAUAAUUCACAACCUGAGACUCAGAGGGAAGUGAAUCAGUCAACAGGUGCUAUACCAAAGCAGAGACAACAAUCUUCCUCUUUUUCAGGUUCACGCCGAGACGAUCAAGGAAUUGAAGUCGAAUUCAGAAGAAGUUUCGUACCACAUAGACCAAAAAGGGAGAAUAUCCCGAAGCGAGUUGAUUAUCGGAAAGAAGUCAAAAAAUCUCAGGAACUCGAAGAUUCUGAGGAAUCUGAAGAAUGGAUAGAAUGGCUCGAAAUCGUGGAAGAUUUUUAUAAAGGUCGAGUUACUAAAGAGCCUUCAGAAAAUUAUAUAAACGUAGAAAAUAUUGAAGAAAAUGGAAAUAUAUCCGUAAAUCAACUAGUAUUUAUGAAGGAAAUUGGGGAAAACACGAACGAUACUUCGCAGACAGAAAAAACGACGAAAUCAAAGUGCGAAGACAUUAGUACCCAAACCGAAUUUGACAAUCGAAUAGACGUAUUAGAGCAUGAAGCAAUAGAAGUAAUGACGGCGUUGAAUAAUAUGGAGGAUAUAAAACAGGAAAAUGCCGUUUGUUCGGUUAUUUCUACGAUUAAAAACCAAAUCACUGAGGAAACCAUAGUGGAAAUUCCUCGACAUACUUGGGAAACAGACAUAAUGUUAGGAAAUGAUGUCACUAUUCCAGCUCGCACAGAAGCGAUGGUGUACGCAAAACUUAAGGUCAACUUGAAAGGAAACCUAAUAGUAUGCGAGCCAAUAGAAUUAGGGAAUGGAUAUGUUCAUACAGCUAGCUGCUUGUUAGAAAAUUCCUCGAAAAUUUGGGUACGAGUUCUCAAUGUAUCCUGGCGUAACCCACGGACUAUCAUCACUGAAGCCAUGAAGCUGAACAGUCAUCGGGCCAUCAUCUUGGAAAUAUCCUUCUUACUGUUAUUCCGGUUCAUGACCCAGGUGAAAGGGACUAUCGCUUACGAUUGUGAGGACAAAAAUAUUGAAACCACCGUUGUUUCAAUCCGCGAGGUCGCGAAGUGUCCAGAAUUAGAAUCCGCGUAUAAAAGUGAAUCGAGCAGAGUCAAGAUUCUGCAAAGGGACGAAAUAAACCUUCAACAGGUGUGGACUUAUUUAAUCGAUGUGACUGAUUACCUAGCCAGGGUCAAGAUGGACGAGAAUGAACUGGUUCUAUCAGGAGGAGUUAUCUGCCCAUUCUUGAAAGGAUACUGCUUCGACACAACCCUGGGAGAAAUCACGUGGGACGUCAACCCUUUACGAACCUGUGAGGAGAAAUUCAGCUUACUUUAUAAUGGACAGGCGGAGAAAGUUGUCAAUCAACUAACUACGGAACAAAUAAUUGUAGUGGAGGACAGCAGCAAAGUAUUCGCGGUAACUCUAGUGAAGAAGAUAAAUAUCUGCCAGAUGGAAAUAUGGCAGACUGAGCAUCCCAGAAUACUGGUUAUUGAAGGAAAGCAGCAGGAUCUAUUCAAUCCGAAGAUUAACAUUUCACCUCAUAAUGCAGAUAUAAUGGUGUACGUGAAUAUAACAAGAAUUAUUCAAUCCUAUGCAGAAGAGGUGGAUUGUACUGCAUUAACACCACCGUUGUAUUUGAUAGAUGAUCAAUGGAUAGGAUUAUCUCCCUACCCUACGGUUAAAAAGGCACCAGAAGAGCUUUCACCAGAAUCACAUUUAACGCUGAGCUUUGCCCCUAUCCAGCCAAUUGGCACCCUUGGAAUAUAUACUCAGGAGGAAAUAACCAAUGCCCAGAGGAUUUUGACUUUCGGAAACGAAAGAAAAGCUGUGAAAAACAUCAUAGCUCGUAGGGUAGCGGGAUUGGAGACAACCGGGCAAGGUUUCUCUACUUUGAACAUUUUCAACCCGGAAGAGAUGAAGGAGUUGGCACAUAAUACUAUGCAGCAGAUCUGGGGAUGGUUCACAGAUCUUGGAUUAUUCAUGAGUGGACUCAUGGGAUUUUAUGCAAUAUUAAAAAUGUUGAAAUAUGCAAUAGGAGUGGUUUUAAAUGGUUUCCACAUUUACCAGACCAUGGGCUGUGGAGUUGUUAUAUUGGCUAGUCUAUGGAAUACACUUACUAUGUGGGUGACUCGUAGCUAUCCCUCUAAUCUAACCACAGCAGCAACCAACGCGGAAGGAACAAAUUUGGAGCGGUUGGAGGAGGUGAGGAACCCAUCAAUUUAUCCUUGCGUCCCAACAUCACCCCAUUGGACAGAACAACAAAGCAGCCGCGAAACGAGAGAAAUAUUCAAUAAACAGCUCAACUUGAAAACAGUUUCUUUUACUUCCAUUGUGGAAUCUUCAAUAUACCCUUAUCUCAUGCUAAAGACCUACCCUCUGGCGCAGGCCGAACUUAGGCCCCAUUUCGGCAUCAGGCCGUCGCCUACAGCAUUUCAAGAAAUAAAACACACUUAG